AUGACAAUUUACUCAUUUUUUAUAUUUGAUCGUCACUGCAAUUGCAUUUACAACAGAGAGUACACACACACUGCCUCAUCCAACGACACUUUGUCAGGACAAAUAAAUAAAAGCAAUGAUUCUAAUAGCUCGAAAUUAUUAUUUGGAAUUUUGUAUUCGUUGAAAACAAUAUCUAAUAAAUUGGCCAAUGACGAGGAAACUGAAAUGAAUGAAUUGAAAUCGUUCACCAUUGGUUCGUUUAAAGUCCAUUUUUGGGAGUCAUUAUCACGGUUUAAAUUUGUUAUUGUCACCAAUGGAGAAGUCAGUCAAUUAUCUGAUGUUUUAUUUGAAUUAUAUCUGAAUUAUUUCAUCAAGUAUGUUGUUAAAAAUGGAUUGAUGCCCGUGGAAUUCACUGCCGAGGGUGAGUAUAGCAAGAUAAACAAUGGUAAGUUCAUUGAAGAAACUGAUAACUAUUUACAAUCUUUAUCAAUAUUUCGAUCAUAG